AUGCCCAUGCCAGCUCCACCUCCAACCCCCCGCGCCCUCCUGAAGGACCUGCUCGCAAGCAUCCCCGCCGCCGCCGCCUCUCCGACCUCAAAUACCCCACUCCCGACAGCCGCGAAACCGCUCCUCUUAACCCUCCACGUGCUCUUCCCGACCGAGUUCCUGCCCGCCCUCGACCUCCUCGAUCGCAGCCUGGUAACGCGCUUCCGGCUCCGCGAAGCUCGCCCCAGCGACAGCGAGACCGCCGGCACAGGACCCCAACCCCAACCACAAGCCCCAGACCCCCCCUCAACCCUCCCCACCGCCACAACCCCAACACCGGACGCGGACGCAGAGAUGCUAGAGGCGUCGCCGCACCACCACCACCACCACCACCCCUCCCCACCCAACUGCGAAGAGAAGGCUAGAGCAGCCCGAGCGGCACGAGCACGCGAGCACGCCAACGCAUGCCCCAUCUACCACGUCCGCUCGGCGCAGCAGCCCCGCGCGGCGCGCUUCGGCGCGGCCAUCGACUCGACCACGGCGUAUGAGGUGCGGCUGCGCGCGUGGAACUGCUCGUGUCCGGCGUUUGCGUUUGCGGCGUUUCCGUCUGGGGCUGGGCAGGGUCGUGGGAAUGGAGGAGGGAGUGACUGGGAAGGGGACGGUGGUGGGGAGGAGGAGGAUGGGUGGAGGUUUGGCGGGGUGAGCGUGGGGGCUGAGACGCCGCCUGUGUGCAAGCAUCUGCUGGCGUGUGUGCUAGUGGAGAGAUGCGAGUUGUUUAAGGGAUGUGUGCAGGAGAGGGAGGUUAGUGUUGAGGAGGCGGCUGGGUGGGCUGCUGGAUGGGGGGAUUGA